AAUACAAAGAGCCAUACGACCUUCGGAUACCAGUGGGUACUUUUGAGUCCCCUCUCUGUUCCUUAGGUUGCAGUGGUGGAGGGUUCCAUGCUUGAGUGCAGAGGAAUGCCUUCUACACUUUGAAACUGUGUUCAUCAGGAAGACCUUUGUAGGCAUCACCCUUUCAGUAAGGGGUGAAUGUGACACUCAGUGUGUUAUGCAAGGGGAGCCUAGGAUCUGCAAAUAGAAGAAGCAUCUCUCUCCCCUCUGCAGGCUGAGGAGAGGCAGCCAUGGACUGUGUGCUCUUUCACGACUUGCCUACUCCUCCCUCACAGAACAUGGCCUGGUGCCCGGGCCCCUCUGACCACUCUUGAUGAGAAAGGAAAGUGAAUCCAAAGAAGCCAGUGCUUCCUUCCAAACUUGUGAAGUCCGGUCGACGAAGACAGCUUUUGGAGCGGUCUGGUGGUGUAAGCCAGUUGUUACUGCCCCCAUCAACCAUGUCCUUCAGUGCCACCAUUCUCUUCUCCCCUCCCAGUGGCAGCGAGGCCAGAUGCUGCUGCUGUGCCUGUAAGAGCGAGACUAGUGGGGCCAGCACAGGCUCUCAGGGUGGGAAUCCUCCUCCCAGCACCCCCAUCACAGUGACUGGACAUGGCCUGGCUGUUCAGAGCUCAGAGCAGCUCCUGCAUAUCAUCUACCAGCGGGUGGACAAGGCAGUGGGUCUGGCUGAGGCUGCCCUGGGUCUCGCCAAGGCCAACAAUGAGUUGUUAAAACGUCUCCAGGAGGAAGUGGGUGAGCUAAGGCAGGGGAAAGUGUCCACCCCUGAUGAAGAUGGGGAAAGCCGGGCACGUAGUUUCCCACCUGAGGAGCCUGGGCCUCUCAAGGAGAGCCCCGGAGAAGCCUGUAAAACCCUGUCUGCUGUGGAGGAGGAGUGUGAUGGUGUGGGCAGCGGUGUACAGGUGGUGAUCGAGGAGCUGUGGCAGCUGGGCGCAGCUUCAGCAGUGGGGCCUGGGCCGUUGGGCUUCCCAGCCACACAGAGAGACCAGCGGCUCCCAGCAUGCGCCCUGGCUGCCAGCGAGGGGGCCCCGCUGCUCAAUCCCCUGGUGGAUGAUUAUGUGGCUUCUGAGGGUGCAGUACAGCGAGUGCUGGUCCCUGCUUAUGCCAAGCAGCUCUCACCGGCCACACAACUGGCUAUCCAGCGGGCAACCUUAGAAACAGGGCAAGAAAAUGGAACCAAGCCGCCGCCACCCCGCCCGGAGGACAUGCUCAGUGCUGCUGCUGCACUGGACAGUACCUUGGAAGAGUCAGGCCCUGGGAGCACUGGGGAGCUGAGACACUCUCUAGGGUUUACUGCGUCCCCAUGCAGGACCAGAGGAAGUGGGCAGAAGAACUCCAGGCGCAAGCGGGAUCUGGUACUGUCUAAAUUGGUCCACAAUGUGCAUAACCACAUCACCAAUGACAAGAGAUUCAAUGGGUCUGAAAGCAUCAAGUCCUCUUGGAAUAUAUCAGUAGUGAAGUUCCUUCUGGAAAAGCUCAAGCAGGAGCUGGUGACCAGUCCCCACAACUACACUGAUAAGGAGCUGAAAGGAGCCUGUGUGGCCUACUUCCUUACAAAGAGGCGUGAGUACCGUAACUCUCUGAACCCCUUUAAAGGCCUGAAAGAAAAAGAGGAGAAGAAACUUCGAAGUCGCCGAUACCGGCUUUUUGCCAACCGAUCCAGUAUCAUGAGGCAUUUUGGACCUGAAGACCAACACCUGUGGAAGGAUGUGACAGAAGAGCUGAUGUCAGAUGAAGAGGACAGUCUUAAUGAGCCAGGUGUCUGGGUGGCCCGCCCUCCCCGUUUCCGGGCCCAACGCCUCACAGAGCUCUGCUACCACCUGGAUGCUAACUCUAAGCAUGGCACUAAAGCUAACCGUGUAUACGGGCCUCCCUCAGACAGAAUGCCUUCUGCUGAAGCCCAGCUCCUUCCACCAGAACUUUAUAAUCCUAAUUUCCAGGAAGAUGAGGGAGGCGAUGAGAAUGGACCUGUCUCCCCAUCUUUUGACCAGUCCCACAAAACUUGCUGUCCUGACUUGAGCUCAUUCAUUGAAAUCAAGGUGGAAAAGGAUGAGUGAAGUCUGUAACCAAGAAUAACUCUGGCUUCCGCCACUCCCCACGUCCCAGAAAUGGGUGAACACGGGGCUUCCCAGAAUAAUGAGAUGCAUUCUGCAGUCUGAGAAAGCAAAUUUGCCUCUCUUCUUAACACAGUCUCCAUGGCAAGUGGUAGCUGGAAGCUUUGGGGGGAUAAAAAACUUAUCUAGGGCCGAGCCCGUGGCACACUCGGGAGAGUGCGGUGCUGGGAGCGCGGCGACGCUCCUGCCGCGGGUUCGGAUCCUAUAUAGGAAUGGCCAGUGCACUCACUGGCUGAGUGCCUGUCACAAAAAUGACAAAAAAAAAAACAAACAAAAAACUUAUCUAGAAGAGGGGCAACUCCCUCCAGUGUGAAUGGCAAGCUAGAAAAUGCUUAUUUGUAAGCAUCAACAGUGCCUCAGAGGAUCAUGGGAUGAGAAAAGGAGCACAUAUGCCUUUGUCUCUGAGUUGUUUCCCCCCUGGGUUUCACCCAAAGCUCUGGGGAAGGAGCCCAGGUGAUUGUCCCUUUUGCUUCCUCAUGUCUGCUGGGAUGGCUCUGCAGUGGAAGCAGAACAGGACCAGUCCAGAAUAAUAUUGCCACCUGGUGGGCAGUUUCAGUCAUGGGCUUGAUUUCUUCUGAGCAAGAGAACAUGAGCUCCAUCAUCACUAUUUGGGAAUUGGGAUCUAGAUACAAUAGCUAUUGUUUACUUAAAAAAAAAAAAAAAGCUAUUGUUUAUUGAAUUAUAUAAGGAAUAUUUUAUUAUUACCUUCUUACAGACAAGGAAAUUAAGGUUUAAAGAGUUCUCAUGUCUCACCAGCAGCUUCUCUCCCACCAAGCAGAAUACACAGCUUUGUAGCUAUUUCUUAGUCCUUGUUGGCCAAGCUGUAUUUUGAGGAAGGUGUAUGUGUGUGUGCCCGCACACACACACAUUCUGAAUAGACUGAAAAGUAAAAAUUGCUUUAUAUUCAUUCAGUCAGUCAUACAACAAAUAUUGAUCGCUUCUUAGAUGUCAAGUACUGUGCUAGGUGCUAUGGAUACACUACUGGUAAGGACAGAGCUAAUCAGAGGUUUUAUCGUCUAGUCAAGAAGCCAGGCAAUUAAGUAGGCAAUGAAAUGAACUGUGAUGAGGAUGACCAUGGCGGAGUGCAGAGUGCAAUGGCAGUACACAGCAGGGGUAGCUAACCUACUCUCAAAGUGUGGAAAGCUUCUCAGAGGGAAUGGUGUUUCAACUGAUAUCUGAAAGGGAGGAGUUAACCAGGAGAAGGGAAAGGGAGGCCAGGAGAAUGUUCCAAACAUAGGGAACAGCAGGUACAAAAGUCCAGAGAGAUGCAAGAGAGUACAGACAAGGUUAAAUUCUUCUUUAAACCAGUUUGGGGAGAGGAUAAUGCUGAUAGAAAAGGCUGAAGAGGGAGAAAAGCCUUGUAAAAUAUCUUAAAGAAUAUAAACUUUAGCUCAAGGGCAGUGAGAAACACUGAAAGAUUUUAAGCAGAGAAAUGAAAUGAUUGGUUUUAUAUAUUAGAACAAUCACUUGACCUCAGGGUAUAAGAUUGAUUGCAGGGAGCAAGUCUUGGCCAAGGAACUUUUGCAUUGGUUUAGGAGAUAAAAGAUGAUGGCCUGACAUAUAUAGUGGUGAUGGGGGAGGACAGAUUUAAAAGAUAUUUAGUAAGCAGAAUUGAUAAGACUUGGUGAUUGACAGGGCUUCAUUAUAGGAUGUGGUUGGAUUUGAGGUCAAGGGAGAAGGAGGACAUAGGGUUGAUGCUCAGGUUUCUGGCUUAAGCAGCUAAGUGGUUAAUGGUGCCAUUUAUUCAUGGAAUGCUGGAGGAGCCAGUUUCAGGAGGCAGGGAAGAUGAGCUCAGUUUAGGGUGUUGGGUGCCUCUGAGACAACCAAGUGGAGAUGCUAGUAGUCAGUUGAGUUUUUUAGUCCUAGAAAGUCUAGGCUAGAGAUACGGAUUAGAGAGUCAUCUGUAUAUACAGAUUGUAAUUAAAAGUCUUGGGGAUGAAGAGGGCCUGUGGGACUCCCAGCUCCAAUUCAGACUGUGGAAUGGCUACCCCAAGGACAUGUGCACUACUGGAGUAUGCCCUAUCAGUGUACCCUUCUUUCCCUUCAUGUCUCUGCUUCCUGUUAUUCCCUGAAAACACAGGCUGUAUCCCCCAACUGUGCCCAUUGUUGCCUCCACCAGCUCCUGGAUGGGCCUUCUUGAAUGGCUUCUCAAUUUUUCAUAAGAUUUACUCUCCCAUCCUCACCACAAAGGAUCAAAGCUUCCAAAUAUUAGAGGCUGUGUGGAUAUUUUGUGGGGUUUUGGAGGGGAGGGGCUAGCCAAUAUCGGGAUCUCAACCCUUGACCUUGGUGUUAUCAGCACCACGCUCUA